AUGGCUCCUCUAACUUCACUAGAAAUAGCAAAAGGUCCGUGCUAUUAUUUACCUCAUCAUCCUGUUCUCAAGGACAGCAGUACGUCUCCUAUUCGCGUAGUCUUUAACGCAUCUAGCACGACCUCUAAUGGCCUUUCUUUAAACGACUGCCUCUUAACAGGACCAAAGCUACAGUUAGACUUACCAUCCAUCAUUUUGAAAGGGAGAUCCCACCGCUUAGUUUUUGCAGCGGACAUUGCCAAAAUGUUCCGCCAAAUCAUGAUUCAUACUGAAGAGUCUAAUUUUCAGCGGAUUUUAUGGCGUUCAAGUCCUGAUCAGCCUGUUACUCAUUAUCGCUUAAUGACAGUUACUUAUGGUACAGCUACAGUCCCGUAUUUAGCAAUGAGGGUACUACAGCAGUUGUGCUCAGACGAGGGCUCAGAUUUUCCGUUAGCCGUGCCAGUUCUACGAGAUACUACCUACGUAAAUGACGUAUUAUUUGGAGCAAACGAUGUCAAUACUGUCCAAGAAAUACGUAAACAAUUAGAUUCACUUUUACACCGCGGAGGCUUUCAUUUAAGGAAAUGGUCGUCAAAUUACGAAGACUUACUUCAGGACAUCCCUACUUCAGAUCGACUCGAUUUAAAUAACGUAUUAUUCUCUGAGGAUUGUACCACAAAAAUAUUAGGUAUCUCGUGGAAUCCCACAACAGACAGCUUCAAUUAUCAAAUCAAACUACCCAAUUCACACGGAAAAACUAAAAGAUACGUCAUGUCAACCAUAGCAAGCCUGUUUGAUCCCCUAGGCUGGAUAGCUCCCGUGGUGAUAUCCGCUAAAAUUCUCAUGCAAGAGUUAUGGAUACGAGGAGUCAACUGGGACGAUACCCUCCCAGACGACCUCCUCUCUCGUUGGAAUUCCUACUCAAGAGCUCUCCGAACUCAAGUAUAUCUCAAUACCAAGAUGGACUAG